AUGCUCCAAAGCCUUGUCAGCAUGGCCUCCUUCGGGGCCAUGGCCCUCGCUGCCCCUGCGGCACACAAUGUUGGGCCCGCACCGCUGCCUCCCCUCUUUCAGCUUUCCAAAAGAGACACAGGCUACAAUGCCAGCCUCCCUAAUGUCACUAUCUUCGCAACAGGUGGUACAAUCGCCGGCAGCGCGAACUCCCAGUCGCAGACAACAGGGUACCAAGCCGGCGCGCUGGGCGUCGACGUGCUCAUCGACGCGGUUCCCGAGCUGAAAAAUGUCUCCAAUGUCAAAGGCGUACAGGUUGCCAACGUCGGCAGCGAGGAAAUAACGGACUCGAUCCUGCUCAACAUGACGCAGCAGAUUCAGGCCACACUGGACGACCCGGCCUGCCAGGGUGUGGUGGUGACCCACGGCACCGACACACUGGAGGAGACGGCCUUCUUCCUCGACCUGACCAUCAACAGCACAAAGCCCAUUGUCAUCGUGGGCGCUAUGCGGCCUGCCACUGCUAUCAGCGCCGAUGGGCCCAUCAAUCUCCUCGCGGCUGUCACGCUGGCCGGCAGCGAGGCCGCGAAGGGCCGAGGCGCCAUGGUCGUGCUCAACGACCGUAUCCUCAGCGCGUGGUACGGCGGCAAGACCAAUGCUAACGCCGUGGACACUUUCAAAGCCUACGAGGCUGGGUUUUUGGGUUUCUUUAUCAAUAUCAAGCCUGUCUUUUACUACGCGCCAUCCACACCCAUUGGCAAGGCUCACUUCGAUGUCACGGGCACCAGCGAGCUGCCGCGAGUGGAAGUGCUCUACGGGUACCAGGGCCUAGACGCCACCCUCGCCACCGCUGCAGUGGAGAACGGCGCCAAAGGGCUGGUCCUGGCUGGCAUGGGGGCCGGCGGGUGGACAGAGGAUGGGGAAGAUGUUAUCGAGGGCCUGAUUUCUGACAAUGGCACUCAGGUCGUUGUCUCUCGGAGGACAAUGGACGGGUAUGUGGAGCCCCAGGACAUGGAUGGCAUGUAUGGUGGUGGCUUCCUAAACCCGCAGAAGGCGAGGGUUUUACUGAAGCUGGCUAUCAAUGCUGGUUAUACAAAUGAGGAGAUGAAGGCUGUUUUUGAGUAUGACGGCUGA